AUGGCUCCUCCAGUCUGGACUCUGGUGCUGCUGCUGGGGGCUGCCUGGGCAAGGAAAGAGAAGCCUCCAGACUGGAAGCCCCUUGCUCGAAGCUCACGGGAGAACUCCAUUCUCACCCAGUGUGAUUUUGAGGAUGACUCCAGACCCCUCUGUGAUUGGAGCCAAGUGACUAAAGACGAUGGAGACUGGACUCGAGAAAGCAGGCCCUCCUUCGCCAGUGGCACUGCCCCUCCCGGGGGGUACCCCAGUGGAGAGGGCUACUACCUGCACAUGGACUCCAGCGCCUUCCACCCGGGCGGGGUGGCCCGCCUGCGAAGCCCCGCCAUAUGGGAGCAGGGCCCCCUCUGCGUGCGCUUCGCCUUCUACAUGUUUGGGCUGUCGUGGGGCGCCCAGCUCAAGCUGUGGCUGGCCUCGGGCACCAAGGGCAAGCACCCCAACCUGCUGUGGAAACACGUGAACACGCAAAGCCCCUCCUGGAUCCCCACCGCCGUCACGGUGCCUCUGGGGCUCGUCCUGCCCAGCCGGCUGACAUUCGAAGGCGUGUGGGGCAGCACGACUUAUCUGGACAUCGCUCUGGACGCUAUCUCCAUCCAUCGGGGCUCUUGCAAUCGAGUCUGCUUGAUGCAGACAUGCAACUUUGACACUCUAAAAGAUCUCUGCGGCUGGAGCUGGAUCUCGACGGCCUCUGGGGCCAAGUGGGUCCAGAAGAAGGGGCCGACGGGGGUGCUGGACGUGGGGCCCGAGGGAGACUUCUCUAGCCCUGGGGAUGGCUAUUACAUGCUCCUGGACCCCAAGAAUGCAAAAGCGAGUCAGAAAUCUGUCCUCCUGAGCCCCCUGAUCCAGUCCUCUGGCUGCCUGAGUCUCUCCUUUCACUACGUCCUCCGUGGCCGGUCUCCCGGCGCAGGCUUCACGGCCUACGCAUCUGUCUUGGGCAGCAUCCGGAAACACACCAUCUUCUCAGGACAACCUGGACCCAACUGGCAGCCUGUCUCUGUCAAUUACACAGGCCAGGGACAGAUUCAGUUCACCUUGGUGGGCGUGUUUGCCAAGAUCCCAGAGCCAGCAGUGGCUGUGGAUGCAAUCAGCAUUGCUCCCUGUGGGGAGAGCUUUCCUCAGUGUGACUUUGAAGACAAGGACCACCCCUUCUGUGACUGGGUCCAGGUAUUACAGGAUGGCGGACGCUGGACCCAGGGAAGUGCAAAUACGCUCAUCCAUGGCACAGGUCCCUUCGGAAUUUCCCUCAGUGGAGAAAGUCACUUCGUCUACCUUGAGGCUGACAAGUUCUCCCAGGAAGGCCAGUCUUACAAACUGGUGAGCCGGCCCUUCUGCGCCCCAGGUGCCAUCUGUGUGGCGUUCUCCUACCACAUGGAUGGCCGCGGAAAGGGCACGAAGCUCAGGCUUCUGCUGGGGAGCCCUGCAGGCAGCCCCCCAAGUUCUCUCUGGGAACGAGUUGGGUCUCAGGGCCCUGACUGGCUGAACGAUUCCAUGGCCAUCCCUUCGGGACAUCAACAACCUAUGCAGCUGAUGUUUGAGGUCGAGAGGGGCUCCCACGCUGCCUUCGUCGUUGCUUUGGGUUUCAUCUUCAUCAGUCAGGGGACCUGUCGAGGUAGGACAGGACCCCAGGCCCCGGAAAAGGGGCCACGUCCCCCUACUGGCCCUUCUGAAACCCCUGCCCACACAGAAAAACCUGUGACCUCUGAAGAAACAUCUACCACCUCCAGUGAAAUAUCCCCUGUCCCCACAGAAAAACCUGUGGUUCCCUCAGAAAAGCUGACUGUUCCCACAGAAAGACCUACAGUUCCCCCAGAAAAGCCCACCAUCCUCCCUGAAGGACCCACCUUCCUUCCUGAAGGGCCCACCAUCCCCACAGAAAAGCCCACUGUCCCCACCGAAAAGACCACCAUUCCCACUGAAAAAACAACCAUCCCCACAGAAAAAGUCACUGUCCCCACAGAAAAGACCACCAUUCCCACUAAUAAGACCACUAUCCCCACAGAAAAACCUACCAUCCUCACUGAAGAACCCACCUUCCUACCUGAAUGGCCCCUUUUCCCUAGUGAAUGGCCCCCUGUCCCUACAGAAAAACCCAUGGUCCCCACUGAAAGGACCACCAUUCCCACAGAAAAAACAACCAUCCCCACAGAAAAAUCCACUGUCCCCACUGAAAAGACCACCAUUCCCACAGAAAAAACCACUGUCCACACCAAAAAGUCCACCAUUUCCACUGAAAAAACAACCAUCUGCACAGAAAAAACCACUGUCCCCACUGAAAAAACAACUGUCUCCACAGAAAAAACCACCAUUCCCACUGAAAAGACCACCAUUCCCACAGAAAAAUCCACUGUCCCCACUGAAAAAACAACCAUCUCCACAGAAAAAACCACCAUUCCCACUGAAAAGACGACCAUUCCCACAGAAAAAACCACCAUUCCCACUGAAAAGACGACCAUUCCCACAGAAAAAACCACCAUUCCCACUGAAAAGACCACCAUUCCCACAGAAAAAUCCACUGUCCCCACUGAAAAAACAACCAUCUCCACAGAAAAAACCACCAUUCCCACUGAAAAGACCACCAUUCCCACAGAAAAAACCACUGUCCCCACUGAAAAAACAACCGUAUCCACAGAAAAAACCACCAUUCCCACUGAAAAGACCACCAUUCCCACAGAAAAAACCACUGUCCCCACUGAAAAAACAACCGUCUCCACAGAAAAAACCACCAUUCCCACUGAAAAGACCACCAUUCCCACAGAAAAAUCCACUGUCCCCACUGAAAAAACAACCAUCUCCACAGAAAAAAACACCAUUCCCACUGAAAAGACCACCAUUCCCACUGAAAAAACAACGAUCUCCACAGAAAAAACCACUGUCCCCACCAAAAAGACCACCAUUCCCACUGAAAAGACCACCAUUCCCACUGAAAAAACAACGAUCUCCACAGAAAAAACCACUGUCCCCACCGAAAAGACCACCAUUUCCACAGAAAAAACCACUGUCCCCACCAAAAAGACCACCAUUCCCACAGAAAAAACCACUGUCCCCACCGAAAAGUCUACCAUUCCCACUAAAAAGACCACUAUUCCCACAGAAAAAACCACUGUCCCCACCAAAAAGACCACCAUCCCCACAGAAAAGCCCACUGUCCCCACUGAAAGGCCCACAACUCCCAUGACACCCCAGCCCAGCCCAGCUCUUGUACCCACUCAGCUGACAGUCUUCACGAUGCCAAGUACCUCCAUGACCCCUGUGACCCCGGCCACCACUACAACCCCGAGACCUACUCCCGCCAUGUGCCCCCCGAAUGCCCACUAUGAACGCUGUGCCUGCCCAGCAUCCUGCCAGAGCCCCAAGCCCGCCUGUGGUCUCCUUUGCAAGCCUGGCUGUGUCUGCAAUUCAGGCUUUCUGUUCCACGACUCCCGCUGCAUCAAUGCCUCUUCCUGCGAUUGCUUCUACAAUGAAAAUUACUACAAGACAGGGACAGAGUGGUUCAGCCCCAACUGCACAGAACGUUGCCGCUGCCAGCCCGGCAGUCAGAUAGAGUGCGAGCCCUACAAGUGCGGGACACACACAGUGUGCCAACUGAAGCAUGGCCAGUACAGAUGCCACCCCUAUGACACUGCCACCUGCUUCGUCUAUGGAGACCCUCAUUACUUCACCUUCGACGGGAGGUACUUUAACUUCAGGGGCAAGUGCACCUACCUCUUGGCCCAACCCUGUGGCAACUCGACAGAGCCGUUCUUCAGGGUGACGGUGAAGAAUGAGGAGCGAGGACUGGAGGGCGUGUCCUGCCUGAGCAAGGUCUCUGUGACUCUAUCAGAGACCACCAUCACCCUGCUCAAGGGGAGACACACGCUGGUUGGGGGUCAGCGAGUCACCCUCCCGGCCAUACCUUCUGGAGGCGUCUUCUUGACUCCAAGCGGGCGGUUUGUGCAGCUGCAGACGGCGUUCGGUCUGCGGGUGAGAUGGGAUGGUGACCAGCAGCUGUAUGUGCGUGUGCCCAGCACCUACUCCAGCAAACUCUGCGGUUUCUGUGGCAACUAUGACGGCGACAGUAGCAACGACAACAAGAAGCCGGAUGGCAAACCAGCACGAGAUGAGAAGGAGCUGGGUAACAGCUGGCAGACCUCGGAGGAUGAGGACCAGACGUGCCAGGAGAACCAGGCAUCUCUCCCAUCUUGCGAUACUGACUUGAAGAACACAAUGUCGAGGCCGGAGUACUGCGGACGGCUCGUGGUCGCUUACGGAGCCUUUCAGGCCUGCCUGCCUCACCUCAGGGUCUCCUCCUUCUUCGACAACUGCCUGCUUGACAUGUGCAACUUCCAGGGGCUGCAGCAGGUACUGUGUACCCACAUGUCAGCCUUGACUGAGACCUGCCAGGAAGCCGGAUACGCAGUGAAGCCCUGGAGGGGACCCCAGUUCUGCCCGCUGGCCUGCCCACCCAACAGCAGAUACACCCUGUGUGCCAAGCUGUGCCCUGACACCUGCCAUUCCACGUUCUCGGGCAUGGCCUGCCAGAACCGCUGCGUGGAGGGCUGCGAGUGCAACCCGGGCUUCAUCCUCAGCGGGCUCCAGUGUGUCCCCCAGUCUGAGUGUGGCUGCCUCGACCCCACAGCCGGCUACUUCAAGGUAGGGGAGCGGUGGUUCAAGCCAGGCUGCAGACGGCUCUGCAUCUGUGAAGGCACUAACAGAACUCGCUGUGUGCCAUGGCAGUGCCAGGCCCAAGAGCUGUGCGGUCAGCAGGAUGGCACCUAUGGCUGCCACCCUCAAGGGUCGGCCACCUGCACUGUCUGGGGGGACCCCCACUACCUGACAUUCGAUGGAGCCCUGCAUCACUUCAUGGGCACCUGCACCUACAUCCUGACCCGGCCUUGCUCGUUGAAGUCCCUGGAGAACUACUUCUUUGUGAGCGCCACCAACGAGUUCCGUGGCGGAAACUUGGAGGCCUCCUACGUCAAAGCCGUCCAGGUGCAGGCCUUCGGCAUCAGAGUCUGGAUGCUCAAAGGCCUCAAGGUCAUGCUGGACGGUCGCCAGGUGGCUCUGCCCCUGUGGUUUGCGCAUGGCCGGAUGACCGUGAGGUCCAGUGGCUCCUUUAUCCUCCUCUACACGGACUUUGGGCUUCAAGUUCGCUAUGAUGGGUACCACCUGGUGGAAGUGACCGCUCCUUCCUCCUAUGCCGGCCGACUCUGUGGGAUGUGUGGGAACUACAACAACAACAGCCUGGACGACAAUCUGCAGCCCGAUAAAAGACCUGCUGUCAACUCCGUGCGCCUGGGGGCCUCCUGGAAACUAAAUGAGUUAUCUGAAUCUGGCUGCUUUGCUGCAGAUGCCAGGCCCCCCAGGUGCCUGGAAAAGAAUGCAACUGACCCCUGGAGUAAGAACUGUGAUAUCUUGGUGAAUCCCCAGGGACCCUUCUCCAGGUGCCACAAGGUGGUGGCCCCGCAGGCCAGCUUCACCAGCUGUGUGUACGGCCAGUGUGGGACCAAGGGCGACGCGUUCACGCUGUGCCGCUCCCUGCAGGCCUACGCGUCCCUGUGCGCCCGUGCCGGCCAGGUCCUCACCUGGCGGAGCAGCACCUUCUGCCCUCUGAAGUGUCCGUCAGGCAGCAGAUACAGCCCCUGCGCUGACCCCUGCCCGGCCACCUGUCUCAGCCUGAGCACCCCAUCGUACUGCCCGUCUUCGCUCCCCUGUGCCGAGGGGUGCGAGUGUCAGAGAGGCCACAUCCUGAGUGGGACCACCUGUGUGCCCCUCAGCGAGUGUGGCUGCACCAGCCCCGGGGGUGCCUACCACUCGGUUGGGGAGAGAUGGUACACGGACAAGACGUGUUCCCGGCUCUGCACCUGCUCCAUCCACAACAACGUCUCCUGCUUCCAAACCGCCUGCAAGCCUGGCCAGAUGUGCUGGCCCCGCGAUGGGCUGAUGCGGUGCCGGGGGGCAGGGAUGGGAGUGUGCCAGAUCCAGGACAGGUCCCGGUACAUAAGCUUCGAUGGCAGUUACCAUGCCGUCCAGGGCGCUUGCACUUACGUCUUGGCGAAAACGUGUCACUCCACCAUGGACCUGCCUUUCUUCAAGAUCAGUGGCAAGAAUGGGCAGCAGCAAGACCAAGCUCACACUUCCUACCUCCGCAAGGUCUACGUACACGUCUUCAAUACCCUGGUCACCCUGAAGAAGGACCACGUGCUGAUCAAUGGCACAUGGGUCCCCCUGCCUGCGACCUCCCAGAUCCGGGGAGUCAGCGUCUUUUCCAGGGACGGCUACAUGGUGCUCACCAUCAGCAUUGGGGUGGAAGUCAAGUUUGAUGGCAAUGGUUUCCUGAAGAUCGAAAUCCCAAAAGCCUAUUAUGGAAAGACCUGCGGCGUGUGCGGGAACUUCAACGGUGAGGAAGAAGACGAACUGCUGAUGCCUAAUGACGAGCUAGCCCCAGAUGACAUCACGUAUGUGGACAGUUGGCAAGAUAAGGAGAUUGACCCAAGUUGCCGAGAUGAUGACAAGACCGAAGAAGAAUCGGAGAAGGAGCCAGAAACGACCUGCCAGCCAGCUGACCUGGAGAGAGCCCAGGAGCAAUGCCAGGCAGCCUUUCAGACUCCGGGCUGGGCAAGGUGUGCCAGCCGCGUGAUCCUCAAUCCCUUCUUGGUCAGAUGCACCAACAGCCUCUGUGAAUUUGGGGGCCUGAGCAGCACCCUCUGCCAGUCUCUGCAAGCCUUCGCGACUGCCUGCCAAGCCCAGGGCAUCAGGCCUCCCAUCUGGAGAAAUAGCAGCUUCUGCCCUCUGGACUGCCCCCCCCACUACGUCUACACCAACUGCUUUCCCCACUGCCCCCCUACCUGCGACAACCCGGAAGGCCGGUGCAAAGGCUCCAGGGGUCCCUCCAACUGCGAGGAGGGCUGCGUCUGUGAGCCCGGCUACGUGCUCAAGGAGCGGCAGUGUGUGCCCAGGAGUCAGUGUGGCUGCCGGGGCGCCCGGGGCAGAUUCCUCCCCGAGGGUAACGCCUGGUUCUCCAGCAGUUGCUCCCAGAGGUGUACCUGCCAGGCGGGAGCCAUUCAGUGCCGGGCCUUUGCCUGCCCCGCCAGCUCCCGGUGUGAGACCGACGAGGAUGGCAAAGAAAUCUGCAAACCCUACAGGUCGGAGCGAUGCACGGUUUAUGGGGACCCCACUUACCGCACGUUUGAUGGCCUCGGCUACCGUUUCCAGGGCCGCAUGACCUACUAUCUGGUCAAGACCGUGGAUGUGCUCCCCAGUGGCGUGGAGCCCUUCAUCGUGGAGGGACGCAACAAGAUGUAUGCGUCUCACAACCCCAUUUUCCUGCACGAAAUCAUCGUGAUGGUCUACGGCUACACGGUCCAGCUCCAGCAUGAACUGGAGCUUGUUGUCAACGGCCAGAAGGUGACCGCCCCCUAUGAGCCCGUCGACCAGCUGCGGGUCUCCCUACGAAGCGAUCGCCUGUUCGUGAUCACAGACUUUGAGCUGGUGGUCAGCUUCAACGGAAAGAACAACGCAGUGAUCUCCCUGCCCGUCACUUACCGGAAGCUUGUGCUCGGCCUGUGUGGCAACUGCGACCAGAACAAGAGGAAUGAUUUUAUGCUGCCCAACGGGGCUGUCACCCAGAACCUCCUUGCUUUUGGCAAUAGUUGGGAGGUAAAAAUGACCGAAGGAAGCUUCCCCCGCAUCUCAAGGGCUGUACAGGAGGAGGAAGUGAAGGAGGAUGCAGUGCUAGGCUUUCCUGGUGUGUCGGGAUGCCGCCCGGAGGAGCUGCAGCUCAUCAGCCGCACCCAGGCGUGUGGGGCGCUGGUGGACCCCGAGGGCCCCUUUGCUGUCUGUCACCAGACUGUGGCCCCUGAGCCCUUCCUGGAGCACUGUGUGUCUGACCUGUGUGCCACCCACGACCCCAAGGAGCAGGAGGAGCUGCGUUGCCAGGUCCUCAGUGGCCUUGUCAUGUCCAGCCAAUACUGUCUACCAGAGCUGUAUGACACCCUGCCCGGCCUCCUGUGCCACACUGGCAGCCCCCCGGGGCUGCAAGGGCCCCUGUGUGGAGGGCUGUGCCAGCCUCCCGGGCUACAUCUACAGCGGAGCCCAGAGCCUCCCCUGGCCCACUGUGGCUGCACCAACAACGGCAUCUACUACCAGCAGGGUGACAGCUUCGUGAAUGACGACUGCUCCCAGCGCUGCACCUGCGCGCGCACGGGGCUCCUGCUAUGUGAGCCCCUCGGCUGCAGCCCUGGGGAGGUCUGCACCCUGGGGAACCGCACUCGUGGCUGCUUCCGAGACAGCCCGUGCCUACAGAACCCCUGUCAGAAUGAUGGGCGGUGCCGGGAGCAGGGAACCCAUUUCACCUGUGAGUGCGAACCUGGUUAUGGGGGAGACCGUUGCAUGGAGCCGCGGGAUGUACCUCCCCCUGAAAAGCCAGCAUCCAGCUUUGCCUCCAUCCUGUUGCCAUUGCUGGUGCCCAUGGUGGUCAUAGUGCUAGUGGCGGUGACCAGAGGAUGCAUUUCCAGGAGGAAAGGGAGGAGGGAGAAAACACAGAGCCAGACCAGAGGCAAGCCGCCGGGUGCGGGGCCGCGGCCCUUCAAGGUGAGGAGGGGCCCAAUUGGGGAUGCAAGGGAGGCGGUGGAGAUCAUGCCCAACUAG